AUGGGCGGAACAUAUAAAACUUUGCAAAAGACAGCAAGAUCAGAAGUUGAUAAGAUGAUUCUUACAGAUGCACCAGUUUUAUUUCCUUCUAGGCAGUUGGCUUUGGCUGCUUUCCGCAACUCAAAUGCACUUCAUAAAGUCAUUAACUUUGAUAGUUAUCUUAGGAGCAUUUUUUCCCGUGAGAAUUCCAUGCAUACAAUGUCCGAGUUUUCGGAAUCACUGAAUGCAAUUGAUUCUUUGGUAAUUGUUUCUCAUUCUAAUAUUUUAAGAAAAUACAAAAGUUCUUCUAAGGAGGAAAGGGAGCAUCUCGACGCAAAACUGAAGUCUUGUUGGGGUCUUAGCUCUCAUGAUGAAUACUUCCUUUACCCCUAUAUAGAAUUUAUCUGCUGGUUCUAUUCUACACAUCCACAAAAAGAAAAGAAAGAUAUUUUUUAUAGAGAAAAUUGUGUUAUAUAA